CUCACACACACACACUCGCUGUUUCUCACACUCGCUCUGUCAGAGUCGUGGUCAGUCAUGUGGACAAUGCCGCGUUCCCGUCUCCUGCGCCGCCGCUGCCUCUUCCUCCUCGCCGCCCUCAGCAUCACCUGUACGCGAGUGGAAUCAGUGAUCUAUAUCAAAAAUGUCAUACUUCAAGUCAGCCCUGCGAGCACGGUGGAGCGGGGAUCGGAGCUGACGCUGACCUGUAACGCCGAUGUCGUCCAAUCAGGCAGCUCUUCACCGCUCCUUAAGUUCACCUUCUUUAAAGACUUCGACAAUCACAACUCUGUACACAUGUUAUAUACCAACACCAGUUAUGAAGUGAAGUACACCAUCAACAAAGCCCGGGCCUCUCACUCGGGCACGUACAAGUGCGAGGUUAUGGACGACAACAAACAUAAGGACAGCUCCCCUCAGACGAUUAUCAUUAAAGGGCAGCAAACUCCAGUACUGAGUAUGGAUAAGAAAAGUGUGUAUGAAGGUGACACGGUGAAAAUCACCUGCGAUGCGGGAGAUGAGGGCGGUGAGCUGACUUUUAUCUUUAAAGAAGGCUCGAGGGAAAUCCACAGGCAAAAAGACGACACUGGGAAGGUGCAGUGGAAUCACUCCCUCACGUCUGUUGGGAUGGCCGACCUGUCCUGCUUGUAUUUAAUUAACACAGGAAGUGAAAUACUUAAGUCAAACCUCAGCAACACAGUCAGCGUAAUUGUGAAAGGACUCGACUUCACGCCAACUAUCACCGUCCUCCCGUCAACGCAAGUCAUCGAGGGAGACUCCGUGCACAUCAGAUGUGGUGUGGAAGGAGGCUCCCGUACUUCAGCUGAUCUCUCAUUAUCCGAAGGACGGAGACUCCUAGGGAUGGGAAAUUACACUGAAUAUAAAGUGAACGCCAAGGCGACUGAUGCCGGGAAAUACGAGUGCAGCGCCAGAGUAAAGACGGUAGAGAAAAGCGUUUACGCAAAUCUUACUGUCAAAGAACUCUUUUCCACACCGGUGCUGACUAUCACUCCAACUGAGGUGUUCGAAAGGCAGCGGUUCACCCUUGCCUGCAAAAGCUCUAACAUUGCAUUAGAGAAAAUCAGACAUGAAGAUGUGAAGUACUCUAUCUACAGGAACAACCAGACUCUCAGCUCAGUCAAUGGCAUAUACGAGACAAUCGCACAGACAGAGACAAACGGGAAGUACACCUGUAGUGCCCAAGUGAACACCACCAUCAUCAAAUGGAGCCAACCUAUCAUCUUCACAGCCAAAGUUCUCGUCUCCAAACCCAUCAUCAGUGUGCCUGGCGAGGUGAUCCUGGGUCGACCUUUUCAGAUCCAGUGCUACUCGCAGAAAGGCAGUUUCCCCAUCGUUUACAAGCUGAAACGGAACAACGUUAUACUGAGCCAAACCCGGGUAUCAAAGCCAACCGAGAAAGCCAUCUUCAACGCCAGCAUAGUGUCUGAAGGCGAAAUCCACCAGUUUAGGUGUGAGGCGCAGAACGAAAACACUGAAACGGUGCAGAUGAGUGACAAACUUUAUUCUCUGGUUACAGUUCCUGUAGGGAAGCCGUACCUGAUGACCCUCCCUGUGCUUCACGACAUCUCUGAAGACCACAACAUCACGUUCGUGUGCAGUGUUCAGACAGGAACUCCACCUUUCACCUUUCAGUGGUAUCAUGGUGAGAGCCAAUAUCCCUUAACCACCAACGUAGAGAUGAAAAACUACUCCAAAUACACCCUUUCCUCGCCGACAAGCAUCCACGAUGGCAACUAUUACUGCAAAGUCUCAAACAGCGCCGGAAAAGAGGAAGUGAGCGACCAGAUCGUGAUCACAGUGAACAUGGCGAGGUGGAAGAUGGGCCUGAUCAUCGGCGCAUGCCUGCUGUUCGUCUCCAUGCUCAUACUUGCCCUCGCCCUCCUGAUACGCUACAGGGCUAAGCGAGGUAAACAAGAGGCCACGGUCGAGCUCUCAGUAAAGCCUACGAUCCCUAAAGUCGAUGCUGACUCUGUAACCUCUUUCCCAUGACCCCCGAGCAUUUUAGCGCUUCUAAAGUCCUAAAGGUAGCCCAUUUUUAUUCUUUCUUCACCUCCAUGUAUCCAUCAUUAACCCACACAUCACUCUGUUCUACGUUCUGGACCACAGAGAUAAAGCACGGCUAAGCUUUGCUAUGUGCUUACUAGCAUUAGCUGUCGCUUCAGCCUUCGCUUUAUUUGAAUUGCUAGCCAUGCCAUGGGGCGAUUCAACUUCAAAACUCUAAUUCCAGACGGCGCACUGCACUUUCGCGCCAAGUGGACAAGAACAACUGACGGAACACGAGACGAUCCGACGCCACUUCCUGUUGGCAUGAAUAACGGGAUCCUGGAAAACACGUAAACAUGGACCAGAAAGCAGUUUUUGUUUUUGGAAGCACUAUAUUAUAACCAUUUAACACGGAAUGUGUGGAAAUUCUGCAAUAAAUAAAGACCAAAUACACUAAGACCCACACUAGCAACUGAACCCUUACUAUGGAAGUAUUUCCCUCUCUGCGUUUUUGUCUCUUAUGGUGUUUUGUCGAGCAUAUGGUUUUCAGAAAACAAAUCCCAAGCCUGAAAAAGAUAGCGUCAAAAGAAGUCUUUUGAAAUACAUUAUCACACAUUUUUCAAUGGAAAUGUAUAGUUAAUUUAUGCUAAUUCACGUUCUCAUUUCAGUUAAAGGCACGUCGUUCCUUUUUCAUGUUGCACUUCUCCUUUAUUGUUUACAUCUUUCCUGUGAAGCAGGUGAACUGAGGAUAUUUUCUGGAUAUCUGUUUGUAGCUUACAGUCAUCACACGUGUAUAAAUAUAUUCUAAGAAUAUCACACUUAUUAAUAUAUAAAUAAAUAAUGCCUUAUUUUGGAAA